ACCAUAUGCACGCAUGAAACUAAUGUUUGUUGGCACUGAGAAGAUUGGAAAGACAACUUUGCUCAAUUGCUUGAGAAAUGAGGUUAGGCCAGUGUUUGCUGCAAAAGAGCCACCACCAAAGCACUGGAGCACAAGGGUGAGUAGGACAGGAGUGACAUCUAUGUACAAAGAUGCCAAGGGGGAAUUCGUGGCAACUGUGGGAGUUGAUAUAGGGGACCUCACCAUUGACAAAAAUGGAAAGAAAGUGUCAUUCAAAACAUGGGAUUUUGGUGGACAGAAAGAAUACUAUGCCACCCACCAGUACUUUCUCACCAGACGCUCUCUGUACUUGGUCUUGUGGAAAAUUACAGAUGGAGAGAAAGGUGUCAGUGAAAUUAAGAGAUGGCUUAUCAACAUACAGGCCCGUGCUCCAGGAGCACCCGUGAUCAUAAUUGGGACUCACCUGGAUGAGCUGAAGAGCAGAAGAUUUCCUCAUAAUUUCCUGCCAGACUUGACCAGGCUCAUUGACAACCAGUUUGUGAACAUAUGUGAGCCUGAAAAGUCUGGAUUGCCCCAAGUGAAAGCGAGGAUAGAAGUCAGCUGUAAGAAAAGAGAUUCUAUCAAGAAAUUGGUUGAUUUGAUACAUGAGAAAGUGUUUGAAUUGGCUGAUGCAGGUAGUAGAUCUAACAAACUUCUGGAGCAGAAGAUCCCUGCCAAAUAUUUGGAACUUGAGGAUGUGGUGAGAGCUCUUGCAGAGGAGAGGGAGAGUCAAGAUAAAGACCCAGUGCUGCAUGCAGAUCAGUACAAAACACUUGUAAUGCUGAAAAUGGAAGAGAUGUUCAAGCAUUCCUUCCGUGAUCUUCAGGAGCUGAAUCAAGCCACUCAUUUCCUACAUGACAAUGGUGUAUUGCUUCACUACAAUGAUGUUUCUCUUCGGGAUAUGUACUUUCUUGAUCCCCAGUGGCUGUGUGAUAUGUUGGCCCAUGUGGUCACUGUCAGGGAGAUAAACAGUCUGGCUAAGUUUGGUGUUAUGCAAACCGAUGAUCUUCAGAUUUUGUUCAGAAACUCUGCAUUCAGACCUGAAGACAUUAAGGAAUACAUCAUUGGUCUACUAAACAAAUUUGAGGUGGCUCUGCUUUGGGAUGAUAAACAUCUUCUGAUCCCUUCUUUACUACCAACAGAAGAAGAAUUGAAAAAUGACAUAUGUGAUGUUAAGAUACCUAUGAGGCUUCCAAUAACAGAGAACAGAAAGUCAACUCUCAUACCUGCCAAGAAGCCUACAGACAGACGCUCAUCCUUAGUUCCCCCAGUGCUGCCACGUGAAAUCUAUGCAGGGAAAUCUACCUUCUAUGCACCCUCUGGUGAUGAAAACAGGGCAGAAAUGAAUUCAAAGUUUGAGCAGAAGACUGAUCAACAGGAGACUGAGCCAGCAAUGGAAAGGAAAAGCUCCACAGGGAUGCUUACACCAUCCAGCAUUCUCACUUACACUUCCAGCCCUACAAGUUCACUGCGGCGGCUGUAUCUUAUGACCUACUUUCCCAGUGGAUUUUGGCCACGCCUUAUCACCAGGUUGCUAGGAGACAGAUCUUUGUACAACAUUGUAUGUGACAUGUACAAGAUUCCAGAUGUGUUGAGGUCUGAUCCAGCAGUGAAUAAUUUGAAGGGGCAUGCUGAAUGGAGUUGUUGGCAAACGGGUCUGGAGCUCCACCUUGUCACCACUCUCCUGCGAGUUAAAGAAGUUGACGCAGAAAAGCCAUUCACACUUUGUGACUUCAGAAAGUGUUUUCUAAAAUGGGAGAGUGAAAACAACAUGUGGAAGGAUCUGAAUGUGACCAGCAUGUCCAUUCUUGAAAUUUUCCUUCCCAAUGAUGUCAUAGUUGUGAAAACUGAAAGUGACAGCUAUGAUCUGCCAUGCAACCCUAAGGCUGCUGCCAAAAUGCUGUCAAAGAUUGUUGAUCAUAUUGAUAUGCUGCUAGAAGACUGGUAUCCUGACCUAGGUGUGAGAUUUGUGCAUACAUCUGAGGGCACCUACCUUGUUACGAGGAUAGUCCCUUGCCCAUUAUGUGUGAUGGACCAGGCUCAGCAGCAGGCCUCCACUACAGAGCAUGGACAGUUUUUAUGGUCAAUGGUUGGACUAACCCGGCCAAUGGGAACUAAACCACUAGAACCAGAGGCUGUGGUCACAGAUGAAGUGAAUGUGCCCCUUGGACAGCAGAAACAGAGUCAAGAGGGUGUUAUCUAUUGCUACAUGGCUGAGCACCUUACACAGCUGAUUCAGCACAGCAAACCAAUCAAGUGUCCAUCUCAUGAUGUGCUGGUCAGUAUGGAUGCAGCUGUCCAAGACAAAGUGGCCCAUAUUGCUCCUGACUUGAUGUUUGACGAUCUUGGAGAAGACUAUCAGAUCAAGGCCAUUCAGCACACUGAUUUCCUGGGCAGAGGAAGUUUUGGAAAUGUUUUUGCAGGAACAGCUGAAAACAAGAUGUUUGACGAUCUUGGAGAAGACUAUCAGAUCAAGGCCAUUCAGCACACUGAUUUCCUGGGCAGAGGAAGUUUUGGAAAUGUUUUUGCAGGAACAGCUGAAAACAAGCUUGGGAAGGUGUGUAAUGCUGCAUUGAAGAUGUUAGAGCCUGUGAACCCUGGGGAUGACGCAUCAAAUACAGAGAAGGAGCAUUACAAGAGACAAAUAGGGAUGUGGGAACAUGAUCCCACUCGUUGCUCCUGCACAGCUUAUAGCACUGCUCGGCAGGAACUGAGUAUUCUCCAAAUACUGCAUCACCCAAAUAUUGUUCCCCUGCUGGGUGUCUGCAUGAAACCAAUGUGUCUAGCCUUGGGUCUGGCACCACAGGGAAAUCUGAAACACUGUCUUAAGAGCUAUAAGAGGCUAGGUGCACGGUUGCCAUUAUUUGUGCUGAAGAAAUUGAUUAUGCAGAUUUCCUCUGCAGUGGAGUACUUGCAUUCCAUUGAUAUCAUACACAGAGAUUUGAAAGCAGAGAAUGUCUUGGUUUGGUCCAUGCCUCCUCCAUAUAUCCACAACCCCCAAUCAGUGGUAGAUGUCAAGCUAACAGACUAUGGAGUAAGCCGUGCUGCAUUGCCAAAUGCUGCCAAAGGACAUGCUGGGACCCCUGCAUUUAUUGCACCAGAAAUAUUAAUGCAUGCUGGAGAAGAAGUUUAUACCUCUAAGGUGGAUUGUUAUUCCUUUGGAGUUGUGAUGUAUGAAAUAAUUGCCCUGAAGAAACCAUAUCAAAAUAUUGAGCAGUCUGAUCUGCAGGAAUAUGUCCUAGCAGGAAACCGACCCCUACUUACUGAGAAGGAUUCAACUCACUAUCCAACCCAUGUGUUGGACCUGAUGGGACAGUGUUGGUCACAUGAUCCACACCAGCGUCCCACAGCUCAACAAAUCAACUGUAUAGCAUCCUGUCCAGAGUUCUGUCACCUUCAGGACUGCGUGAGUGCAGAAAGUGAGAUGGAGGUGACAGCUGCUUGUGGAGUUUGCUCAGAGUUUUCAGAUCAAGAGAAACAAGGGCUGGAAGCCAGUGCCCUACUGUCAACAAAUUCAGUGCCUGAGAGACAUGAUGUCUGGUUAGCAAUGUCCAGUUUGGCCAAUACCACUAGUACCACAAACAUCCAGGUGUGGACAUAUGAAAACAAUACUUGUGUCCAAGGAAAGAAUAUUAUCUCUAAGUGCCUCCCAAUAUCAUGUAUGUAUGCUGCCAAGGACCAGAUAUGGUGUGCAGAUGAAAAGGGAACCAUAAUAAUUUUUAGUGCCAAAACAUACAAAGAAAUUGCUCGCUUCAAACUCCCAGAGACACUCAAGUCCACUGUAAGUGUGAUCAAUUUCUUCAUGGUACUCGAGUCAUCAGAAGUCAUGGUCAGCCUGAGUAAUGGAUCCAUAUUAACCUACAGCAUGGAGAAGAUGAAUGCAAUGCCUGAAGGAAUUAAGGCCAACAUAUUACCUGCAUCCAAGUUCCAGGGGAGUGACAGAAAUAUAUUUUGCAGUGCUUUCAUCAAGCAAGAAGAUGGAUAUCAUGAAUUGUGGGGAGGUCAAAGUGAGGGUGUCAUAUCUAUUUUGAAAAUGAACCAGCCCAAUGAAAGUCCAGUGACCAUAAAUCAUUAUGAACCAAUGUUGGAGUAUGUGGAUGUACUGUUCCUAGAAACCUCCCCCACUGAUAGUUCCUCUGUCUGGUCAUAUGUAUAUCCAGGAUCUACAGUGUUUCGAUGGGACAGCAAAGAAAAAAAGCUGGCAGCCAAGGCAGACAUAUCCAGGGUCAUUCCACAAAUCGAUCGCCUAAGAGGUUUUCCAGGGUUUGAUGGACAGUUAAACCCUGCCCAGUGCCAAGUUAGCUGCUUGAAAGUACUUGAUGGUCAGCUGUUUGUUGGCUCAACAUGGGGAUGCAUUAUAGUAGUGGACAGUUUAAGCAUGAGGGUCAUCACUGUUUUCCGGCCUCACUGUGAUAAUGUCAAAGCAAUAGUACCCCUAUUGCCUGCAUUCGANAAGCAGAGAUAUGCCCAUGCCAAAACAUACAAAGAAAUUGCUCGCUUCAAACUCCCAGAGACACUCAAGUCCACUGUAAGUGUGAUCAAUUUCUUCAUGGUACUCGAGUCAUCAGAAGUCAUGGUCAGCCUGAGUAAUGGAUCCAUAUUAACCUACAGCAUGGAGAAGAUGAAUGCAAUGCCUGAAGGAAUUAAGGCCAACAUAUUACCUGCAUCCAAGUUCCAGGGGAGUGACAGAAAUAUAUUUUGCAGUGCUUUCAUCAAGCAAGAAGAUGGAUAUCAUGAAUUGUGGGGAGGUCAAAGUGAGGGUGUCAUAUCUGUUUUGAAAAUGAACCAGCCCAAUGAAAGUCCAGUGACCAUAAAUCAUUAUGAACCAAUGUUGGAGUAUGUGGAUGUACUGUUCCUAGAAACCUCCCACACUGAUAGUUCCUCUGUCUGGUCAUAUGUAUAUCCAGGAUCUACAGUGUUUCGAUGGGACAGCAAAGAAAAAAAGCUGGCAGCCAAGGCAGACAUAUCCAGGGUCAUUCCACAGAUCGAUCGCCUAAGAGGUUUUCCAGGGUUUGAUGGACAGUUAAACCCUGCCCAGUGCCAAGUUAGCUGCUUGAAAGUACUUGAUGGUCAGCUGUUUGUUGGCUCAACAUGGGGAUGCAUUAUAGUAGUGGACAGUUUAAGCAUGAGGGUCAUCACUGUUUUCCGGCCUCACUGUGAUAAUGUCAAAGCAAUAGUACCCCUAUUGCCUGCAUUGGAAAUGGGGACUGAGGAAUCAGAGAGUGCAUCAUCCAAUGAAAUGGUGGUGUCAUUAGGCAAAGGCUAUAGAAAUGCAGUGAUUCAGCACCUAAAUUUCCUUAAAGAUGCAGUUUCUUUUGACAAUGACAGAAAUAUUCCUUAUCUGUUGACAUGGGUGGCAGAAGGUUGGAAACAUUUCUAA